UUAUUUACGUCAUCAUAACGUUAAACAGAUCUUACCAGUUGAAUACUUGAUAAGGAAUCACGAACUUCUAGAACAACAAGGACCAACAGGAAUCUUUUAUUACCGUUUUGUAAACAUGGCGUCAACGACUAACCGCCGAACAUCUUUUUCCAUUAAUGCUGCUAUUCGAAAUUUUAAUUCGACACUAGAACCCCCUAUUCAACAUCAUCUCAAGCAAGUUUACACUUGUUUGACAAUGUCAACUUUAGCAGCUGCUGCUGGCGCCUAUGUUCAUCUUUUCACCAAUAUCCUGUCUGGAAAUUUCCUUACUUCAUUUGUUGCAAUUGGCUUUCUGUUGACUUUGUUUGCCACUCCAGAUGAGAGCGGAAAGAAUGCAAAAACCAGGAUUGGUUUGCUCCUUGGAUUUUCAUUUUUUACUGGUUUGGGACUUGGGCCUCUGCUGGAUACAGUUAUACGCAUAAAUCCAGCAAUCAUUUCUACAGCCUUUUUGUCCACAGCUGUCCUUUUCACCUGCUUUUCUCUUUGUGCUUUGCUGUCGCCACGUGGACAAUACUUGUUCUUAGGAGCCCCAUUGCUUUCAAUGUUUUCAUUGUUAAGCAUUCUUUUCUUGGCAAAUAUUUUCAUCGGAUCAGUCCUGGUUUUUCAGGCAUACCUGUAUUUCGGAUUCGCUGUCAUGUGUGGAUUUGUUCUCUAUGACACUCAAUUGAUUAUCGAAAAACGUCGUAUUGGGGAUAAGGAUUAUGUUUGGCAUUCAGUAGACCUUUUCAUCGACUUUAUCAACAUAUUCCGCUAUCUCUUGAUCAUUCUUGCUCAGAAGGAAGACAACCAGAGCAAGAAGCGCAAGAACUAAAAGAAGAAAAAAGCCUGGAUGUGUUGAUGGGUAAAUUACCUGUUGAUAAAAAGCAAAAUAAAAAAGCAAAAUAUUGAAUAAUAAUGAAAUACAUAUAUGAAAUUAAGUAGCUAACAGGUAUUGUUCCCCUGCAUCUGAGCAUAAAGUAUGUGUACUGACAACGCAAGACCCGAUAAUACAACGUUAAUCGAAAUGUA